AUGGAAGUCGAGGAAAUUCGCGCACUGCUAUCCGCCAAUGGCCAUGUAAGUGUUGCAACUUUGGAACCCAUGUCCACCAACCCGGACUACUGCGUGUCCAUUCUUCUUCAUCCCCGCGACCCUUUCAAUUCACCAGAGAUUCUCAAGUCGGGGCCCCAGGAUGGUCCGUCGAAACUGUCAAAUGGUCUGCUGGCUCCGUAUUACUUGCGCAUUCCUGGCAUGGCCACGGUACUCGUCACCUUUCUGACACUUGCUCCUUCCCUACCUUACUUCCUUCCUUCCACCGUUUCUCGAUACCUCGUACCUUCCCCCGUCGCUUGUGAGGAAAAUGACAAAGACGGUUCUUGGGAAGGCACGACCGGGGACAACCGGGGGCUCCCUCCGUCGGGCGCAACACCGAUAGCGCCAACGUCUCCACUUCCCCCUCCUCUGGCCUACGAAUAUUCGGCCAUCUUCCGAAUUAUUUUCUCACAACUUCACCACCUCUGCCCAAUGGUAUCUUCCGUAUUCGCCCCCUCACAUUCUCUGCAUCACCGUUCCCCACGGGCAAAUUUCCCCAAUCUCUGUUUCCCCGGCCUCCAGAUAUCGUUUUUCAAUCCACCUCAUGCCGAGUCAUGCUGGGUCAAAUGGCCCAAGGCCAAGUGGGCUGCACGUGACUGCACCGCCGCAGCAGCCACAUUUGACCCGGAAUUCCUAUUAUUCCGGCAGUUUCGGAGGAUUGGAAGGCGCACCUUCCACUGCUGCACCUUCCACUGCCUGCUGCACCUUCCACUGCCUGCUGCACCUUCCACUGCCUGCCGCACCUUUCCACUGCCUGCUGCACCUUCCACUUUGCCCUCUUUUACAAUGCCGCCUAUGCGCGCUUUUCGGAGUCAGAACCACGACUUCAGAAGCCAGUCUUUGCUCAGGGGAAAUACUUCUCUAGAGCUCAUAUUUUGGAACAACAAGAAGGCGCGCCCUGGCUUAACUCACGUGCAGUCACCCGUCCCCAGGUAUGGAUACUCCAUAGUCGCAUCUAGGGUUCCUUUCUGCUGGGCAUCACCACCACCAACUAAACCAUCCACGGGACGGGCUACGGUUUAUCAUGAGUAUACGACAUCGCAAUGUUUGCCAAGACUUUGUACCCUCAGAAACCACGCCAUUGCCUCUGACUUGCUUGCCGCCAACGGAGCGCCAGUCAGCCAAAACUCCUCCCACAUCCCACCUGAUGCGACUUGCCCCGGCACUCGACCUCUCCGACCACCGCUGACCACUCACCUCAACUCACCGGCCACCGUCCCUCCUCUCGCCUCGACUUGCCCGCCCCUCAGUCCUUUAACCACGUAUCGACCGUCCGUAAUCACAAAAGUGUCUCUCGACCGAAUCUCGUUUCCCCGUCUCCCCAUCUUCCCCACCUCUCCAACAACAUCUCCCCCGUUCAACCCCAAACCCCGAGUAUUCCUUGCGGAGAAGAACGGGUCCAUCAUCCUCGCCAAACCGGGCCCUUUUCGCAAGCUCAACAACACCUGGCCGGCCAUGCGCCUGUCUGCACCAGUGCAUUCUCCCAUCACCCCACCUCCGUCACCACCCACCACUCGACUAUGCUCCGGCGCGCAUCCUAAUCCUUACCGCAACGAGGCAAAACAUCUGCAGGCGCAUCUCCCGAGCGUUUCGAGAUCCUUUCCAGCCUUCUGGCCUCUGCUCCGGCGAGCUGCCGCGGCGUGCUACCCUGGGGUUUUGGAAUACUACCGUGCCCGCCGGCCGCUAUCAUCAUACCAUGGGAGAUGCGCACCGAGAAACUCAAGAUCCCACCGUGAACUUUGUCCGAAUCAUUCAAAUUCGCCGCUCCCAAACGGCGGUGAGCCGCAAGGCUCCUUUAUGACACCACCAAAGCGCCUGUCAGUAGAAGUUGAAAGUCCCCGAUCUCUCAAACUCGCAAAUUAUGCAGAUACCACUGUACCUUCGGUCCAAUCGGGCGAUCUUGAGAGUCGAGGCCACAGCACCUUGGUUGACACCAAUCGAACGGCUGCUGACGAGCCUCCCGCUGCCCCGGCCAAUAAGCCUAGAACCUGGAAAGGCCGCACAUGCUCGUAUUUUUGGAAUUGCGUCGCAACUAGCUUCCCAACCUCUUCACAUAUGGACUGUGGUGUUGAUAUUCCGACAUUCAUCGCUAGAUAUCGCCCGGUGGGUUGGUUCUUAUCAGCAUGUUUCGGAGCACCGCGCAUGUUUGAGAACGCCUGGCCUGUGACACCCUGGUCCGUCGCAUGUGCUACGCAACGCAUUCGAGUGCUAAGAUUAGAUGACAGUAGCAAGAAACAAACGACAUCAGUAUGCACAUUUGUUUCGCUUCAGGACAUUGUUGUUGGGCAACCCAAGCUCCAGAUACAAGAAACGCCAAGGCCCCCGAAUCCGUUUUCCCCCUUUCCUUGGCUAGGCUUUUGUUCAACAUCAACAACCCAAGAGGUCAACCGACUUGGCUUACGCACCAUUGGCACGACCUGGGAGCUUGUUUGCUUAGCUUUGGUCGAAAUCGUCUCCGACGAUGAUUCCAACCAUACACGCCACCUUCUCUUCGAGCCGCUAGCCUACCGAACGCCCGCCUCUAGGGCAAGGCUGCCAUUCCUGCGGUGGCGGCUUUGCAGAGGCCAAGCAUCAACAUUGACGACCAUCGGCUCCAUAAUGGGCCCGUCUCUACAUUCCGAAGUAUGUCGGUUGAUGAAUUUCUCCGCUCACUUCGAGAUCCUGGGGAUCUCGAAGGCCUUCUUGCAGAUCCGGGGAUAUACGGAGAUUCCAGAACCCACACUGGCAAGCGCGGAAAGAGAAAAACCGAGCUUACGAUUUUCCACAGUGAAGCUUGGCCCAAUGGAUAUUGCCUUGGCAUCUUACGAUGUUCAAAGAAUGGGCUUGAGGCUGUUCCUCGUAUUUCCCAACUUUUCUCAGCCGCUUUGCGUUCCUGAGACACACGCCAUUGGUUGUCCAGUGUCUUGCUCGAUUCUUUCGCCUUACAUAUCGCGAAAAAUCGAGGGCGGAGCUAAUCGGAGCCUUCCGGAGGAGCCGCCUCGGCCAUGUACCUGCUUACUGAUGGUCCGCUUGUCUCUUUGCGAGAAGUUUCUGGUCAGCGACUGUCUUCUGAAUGACUACGCCCCUUCCAUCAUGCCCUAUCAGAUUCUGCAUUGCAAACAACGCAUAGAGUACCGCUUUCCCUGGUUCAGGAACUUCAAUCUCCUGGAAGGUUGGGUGGUCAAAUGUAUUUGUGAAGGCGGCGUGUCCAUACUCAUAGUCUGGAUAACCAUGAGCCAGAAUCAGUCCCUUUGCGAGUCCUACCACGACCCUACAACAUCUGCUCCAUCGGGCAUCUACAGAUCCCAAUCGCGAGCCUGCACCGGAUAUUUCCUCCACCCAGCCAUCACCAACUCGACCGACCUCGAAAUCCCUCUGGACACCUCAGAAUCAGACGUGCUUGAGAAGACCGUUCCUCGAAAAUGA